AUGUCGCAUCAAGAGAUGCCUCUCUAUGAAGCAAUUUCGCUGGCUUGCAUGAACCGAAUCUCUGAGUUCAGCGUCCAGGAUCUUACAAGCAGUGCGUGGAGGUUCGCAACGUUGAGGAUGAGAUCGCCGUCUUUGGUGGAUGCGAUUUCUUGGGGCAUUCAGCAACGUGUUGCACAGUUUGUCUCACGUGAUAUUGCUGGGACUUUGUGGGCGUUGGCAAAGAUUGAAAGCAAAGACAGACCGUUGAUGGAUUUGAUCGCUGGACACGCACUGAAUCCAUUGGUGCUCGACCAAUUCAAGCCACAGGAUUGCUCGGCCACCGCUUGGGCAAUGACUCGGUUGGCACAUCACUCACCUUUGCUGACGCAUUUGAUGGAGCGCGUCAAGUCACAAAUUCAUCACUUCAACUCACAAGACAUCUCCAACACAGCCUGGGCGAGUGCCCGAUUGCUUAUCCGCGACACCCAAUUGUGGCAGACCUUGUGUUCAGCAGCCAAAGAAAGUAUGAAAGACUUCGCCCCGCAGAAGAUCUCAAAUACGACAUGGGCUUGCUCAACCAUUGAGGCCUUUGAUCGGGCCUUGUUUGAAGCAGCUGCGUCUCAUGGCAUUCCAAAACUGGCAGCUUUCAGUGCCCAGGACAAGGCCAAUAGCGUGUGGAGCUUUGGAAAACAGGAAUUUCUGCAUUUGCCGUUCAUGGACACAGUGGCUGAAGAGUCCCUACGCCACGUCCACGAAUAUACGCAUCAGCAUACUUCGAACAUAGGUUGGGCAUUUACGAAGCUUUUGGUGCACAACGGCCCUUUGAUGACUGCACUUUUGAUGAGGAUUCGUGCAGAGAUCAGUGAGGCUCAAGCACAGACCUUGUCCAGCAUGGUUUGGUCGCUCGCGAGAUUAGCAAUUCGUGAGACAAGCUUUGUGGCUUCUGCAACUUCUGCUGCCCAUCAGCGUUUGGGAGAAUUUGGUGCUCAGGAGAUUUCAAACAGUUCUUGA